AUGUUGGCCGUACGAGGUGCUAUGGACGCUUUGCAACGUUCUGCCUCAUUUGGUUCGAAUCGAGAAAGUCUGAUGCGUCAACCAUCCGCCGAAGAUCUCGACGCUGCGCAUCAACUUGUAUCUUCUGCCCGUGGAGAGCGUCCCAAGCCCCAUAUUACUCACGAAGGCCAUGUGAGCGACGCUGCCACCGAAAAAAGUCAUCUCGACCACGUCAGCCCCCAACCAGGAACUCAAGAUGCCCCUCGCCCGUCAAGUGAACUUCCUGAACACAGAGAGGAUAGUAGUGGACUGGGUCAAGUUUGCAGUAAUUGUAACACCACGAAGACUCCUCUUUGGCGAAGGUCUCCAACAGGGACGACAAUAUGCAAUGCUUGUGGUCUUUACCAAAAGACUCGCAACCACCCCAGACCCACAAACUUCAAGCGUCCCAAUUCAACCGCGUCUGCUGAAACUACACCCCAGAGAAUAGGGAUAUCACCGCCAGCAUCCGUCACACAGACGCCAGCGCAAAACCCACCGUCGAGCAUACCUUACCGAGUUCCAGAGCACACCCCAGGUUCCUGCCCAGGCGGAGGAAACUGCAAUGGAGCGGGUGGCGCGGAAGGGUGUGGCGGGUGUCCUGCAUAUAACAACAGAGUUUCCAGGACCACCAACACUUCUUUUGUCGUGAAUCCUCCGCCAGACAACGGAGAAAGUGAUACACAGAGUAAUGCUGGCUCCGCCACCAGCCCGUCCGCUCCCGUCAGUGCGCCUCGGCCUCAGCCAGCCCCUAGCGACAUAUCUUUAGUUGUGGCAUGCAAGAAUUGUGGAACCACUGUGACUCCUCUCUGGCGAAGGGACGAGCAAGGCCAUCCUAUCUGCAAUGCCUGCGGCUUGUACCAUAAAUUGCAUGGGUCGCUCCGACCCGUGCAGAUGAAAAAAUCUACUAUCAAGAGACGGAAGCGUGUCGUACCAGCCUAUCCAGACGCUCCUAGGCCGGAUGCCAACGUGUCUCAACAGAAUGUGUCGACUUCUCCAGAACCCGUCUCUCCUUACCAAGUAGGUCAACAAGAGUCUGCUGACAAUACACCUGCUCCCAAGAGGAGGCGACCACCCCCAAUGGUGGAUUAUACGGGAUAUGUCCCGGAGUCCUCGGCGAGUGACGGACCGCGUAGCACAACAAGGACCGGGGAAGACUACACUGUUCAAUUGCAGCUCGCUGCGGCAGCAGCAGAAGGCAUACAACUUGACCCGGCAUUGGUGGACUCCGCUCGUCGGCGGCGAGAACAAGAUACCGCCGUGCAACAACAGAAAGAGACGCCUGCAAAUGCGACAAAUGCAGGGCGAGAUCGCGAGGCUUGGCGUGCUGAACGUCGUGCACAACUCAUGCGUGAAGCUGAGGUGAUGAGGGCAGAGUUACGUGCAAAAGAACGUGAAAUUGACGAGCUGACAUGA